CACUUUGUGUAAGCGCUUAAUUGUCCGUUUUGACGAAAGCUUGGGUACUUAAAUAGCGUCAACGUAUCUUGUAUGGUUGGAAUUGGUGAAGUUGUCACAGAGCACAUUUUACCCGACGUUUUUUUCCCGCUAUACCGCUGAUCGAUAAGCAUGCAGGUGUCUCUCGCGCUCCUCGUCUCCAGCACCGUGCUGCUGCUGCUACAGGGAUGUUGUACCGUCGUGCAAGGAUGGAGGGUACUAAAAAACGAUGCUACAGAAAUCAUACCAGAAUAUACUGAAAACGCACAGCCUCCCGAGGAACCAAUACUACAGGCUUCUAAUAACAACAGUAAUACAAUGAAUCGACCAAAACACGGGGGAAGGAGAUCAUCAGCAAACACAGCCUCCUAUAGUGCCUCGGAGCUGAGCUGCAGGGAGCUGCGCUCCACCCGUUACAUCACUGACGGCUCCUGCCGCAGUGCCAAGCCCGUCAAGGAGCUGGUGUGCUCGGGCCAGUGCAUGCCCACCCACCUCCUACCCAACUCCAUCGUGCGCGGCAAAUGGUGGCGGAGUAGCGCCUCUGAUUACCGCUGCGUCCCGGCCCACUCUCGAACCCAGCGGGUGCAGCUGCAGUGCCCCAACGGCAACAGCCGGACUUACAAAAUCCGCGUGGUCACCUCCUGCAAGUGCAAGCGCUACAGCCGCCACCACAACCAGUCAGAGGCCAAGGAGAGCUCCUCGGAGGCCAAGCCCAGACGCAACAAGAAGCGCACCCGGCUGCCCGGGAGUCGGAACAAUAGCAACACACCAACGCUGGUCAGCAACUCGUACUGAGGAUGCUCUUCCUUCUUCCAUACACCGACAGAGACGAAAGCAGUACACGCGCACAUGUUACACACACCCAACACGGCUCCUUCACUGGAAGAGGGAGAAGAAGAGCCAUUUGAACAAAAAAGGAUUUGUAAAGCUGUUUGUUGGACUGAUUUGACACGUGUCUUUCUCACCAGACAGGCACUAUAAUAUUUUCCAAAAUGUUUCGGAACUUUUCAUUAGCAUGACCAAAUGAGUCAACAGAAUGCCAGGGAAGGCCAUGUGACUGGUCAGGAAAGGUGGAACACUGCUAGGAUUGGAGUGUACAGUGUUAUUACAUGUUCCAGUUCAUAGCUAACGGCCUCUGACUCAGACAUUAAGAGAAUCCACCUUAGCUACAGCAAGAGGUGCACCUAAACUCAAACCCCACCUGUCAAAACAUCCACUGGGCAGGCUACACUGCUUGAUAGGCCUGUAGGGUUGAAAAGUGUCUCUGUGCUCUAACUGUGCUCUAACUCUUCUAUGGUUAGAGCACAGUUAGUCCCCUGUAGCUCAGUUGGUAGAGCAUGGCGCUUGCAACGCCAGGGUUGUGGGUUCGUUUCCCACGAGGG